UGUCGACAUUUGCAGGUGUAGUACUGCUGGUAUGUGUCUCUAUGGACGCGGACCUUACUUUUUUUGAACCAUUUAUCCAUUUUCUAGCAAACAGAAUGAGCACCGGAGCAGUUGGCGGCAUACGGACCGUUAUCGGAAUUCCCGCGAGAGAGUAACGGUUAAUGUGAUUGGAUGUUAAUUAUUUGACUAGGCUACCUGUAUUUGACAUUGUGUUGUUAUUUCGCUUUUGAUUUUUGGCAGUGAAACAAGCCUACUAAGCUAUGGAUUGGAGUCAGAGGUUGCAGCUCUUGCUCUUCUCACUCCUCUGUCUCACUGGCAACUCCAAGGCAGUAGGAGACUCUUUGUUUGCAGAGGUCUGUGAGGACAAAGGACGAGAGACUGAGUGGGUCUUUUCAGUUUCCGGUGAUGCUGCCAUGUUGACAUCCACCCUGUUGGACCUCAACGUGUCUGACAACCGCAGCAUCCCCUAUAACAUCUCAUGGUAUUACCUAAGGACUGGGACAGAGCUGACCAGGGAGACAGGAAAGACUCUGGUGCGGGGGAAGACACUCUGGAUUUUUAACAUCACGAUGGAAGAUGCUGGAGACUAUGAGUGUGUUGUGAGACUACCCUCUGAGUGCUACAAGAAGGUUGCCUUACUGAUUGUGAACCACACCAACCCAGGAGAAUGCGGUCGACCAGAAAAGACCCAACAGGUCCUGACCAACACAGCCACCUCUUUCCUGAACUGCCCAUUGAGUGACCAUAUCAGGGAAGUAGACAACUACUCCAUCCAGUGGUACAAGGGCUGUGAACCCAUUGUGGAAGAUGAUCCCUUGUGGAACAGGUUUAGUUAUGUCAGUCACAGUGCUGUGGAGUUACUCCGAGUAAAAGUGGUCACCCUUGAGGAUGCGUUCUACACCUGCACCAUGACCUUUAACUUGGAAGGGUUCAGCGGCAGGAUCUCAGAGACCAUCAACGGUAUGGUGGACGUGGAGUAUGGCCUGGAGCCCCAAGUGGUUGAACCUGCCAAUGAGAUCAUCAAAGCAGAUUUGGGUUCUUCCUUCAGUAAGAUGUGUCGAGUGUUUGUCCCGAGUGUGGGGAAUAAACAUUGUGCAAAUUUGAAUUGGAUUUCUAGAGAGAACUCAAUUUCCAAAAUUGUCUCAAAGCGCAUCUUUCAGGAAUCAGAAAGGGAGUGGAGAGAAGAGAAGGGUGUUUGGUUGGAGCGUAAUUUGAAUUUCUUGACGGUGGAAGAGGAAGACUUUUCCAUCCAUUACACGUGUAAGGUUUCCAGCGACAGAGGCAGUCCUUCUGCCUCCUUCACACUACAGCCUACAGAUCCAAACAACCUGUUCCCUAUUGGGGUACUACUGACUAGUCUGGUAUUGGUGUUUACUGUUAGUGUUGUGAUUUACCAUCGCUUCAAGAUUGACAUUGUGCUGUGGCUAAGGCGGGUGUUCCCGCUUCUCUACCCAAACACAGACUCUGAUGGGAAGCUGUAUGAUGCGUACGUGGCUUACCCCCGUCUGUUUGGGGAUGGGGGCAGGGCCUGUGGAGAGGCAGAGAUGUUUGCCCUCCACACGUUGCCCCAGGUUCUGGAGGGGAGGUGUGGCUACAGGCUCUUCAUACUGGGCCGGGACAGCCUACCAGGGGAAGCUGUAUUAGAUGCUGUGGAGGAGAGCAUGCUGGCCAGCCGGUGUCUCCUCCUGGUCUACUCUGGCUCUACGUUCUGCAGUGACAGCAGCGGUGUCCUGGAGGCCUGGCAGAGCUUCGAGAGGCAGACGGCCAUGCACCAUGCCCUGCUGGAGGGCUCCCUUAAGGUGGUCCUGGUGGAGCUGGAGGAGGUCACUCCUACACAGCUGGCCCUCUUCCCUGAGUCGGUGCGCCACCUCCGGGAGCGCCAGGGCGCCGUCUGCUGGUGGAAGAGUAGCAGGAUAAGGAGGUCCAAAGGGUUGAGGUGUGGGAGGUGGAGAAAAGAGGUGGCGGAGAAGAGAGGGGAGCAGGCUUCGCCCCCUCUCUCCUCACCCUCUCUUUUCUUGUCCUCACGCUUCUGGAAGGAGUUGAGGUAUUAUAUGCCAGUGAGGGGCAUGAGGACGAGGUGCCCAGAGAAGAACAGCCUGUUGAACUUGUGAUGGGAUUGAUGGGCUUUGGAGAGGACAGUGAUAGACAUAAGGAGGAAAUAUGUUGAAUGAAAGGACUUCUGAUACCAUGGAGAGUAUAAAUGUUGUUCCUGACUCUCACAACACAUUUUCAUGAACAUUUAUUGAAUCAGACUUUGGAAGAUUGAUCCUCUGGGGUGAGAUUUAUUUUUGGCGGGAUGAUGAUUGAUCGUCCUGCCGAUGGAAAAUGCACAGUUAAGAGUGUAUUAAUUCUGACCAUAUUGGCAUAUUGAUUUGUCUUUGUUUGUCUACUUUAACAAAAUUGUUGAAAGAAUAGUUUUUCAGAUUUGUUUAUCAUCCAUUGAGAUAAGCUAUAAGUGUUUAAAGUAAUAUUUAUGAAUGCAGUUAUUUAGUAUUUAUGAACAGCUUAUCAACAUUUAAUAUUAAAUGUUUUAUAAAUGGUGAGCUGACUAUUAACAAACACCUUAUAUGAUUUAUUAAUGAAAGCACAGUCCUGAAACUUCCCCAGACAUUUCCCAGAAAUGGUGUGUCGGUUUGGAGAGGUUGAGGUUGUGUCACACGUCAAGAAAACAACCUCCAGCACUGUCUUGUUAACCUGAAGUAUCAAACUUAAAAUCACACUUCCGCGAGCCUGAAACCACUCAGUGUGAAAAAAAGUGAAGAGGAGGACCUUGGGUUUAUCAUCUCUAAGAAAAUACAUGGAUUCAUGUAAGUAUCGUAAUUGUUUCUGCAAACUAUUGGUACACUUGGGUUUAUUAUGUAGCAUGAAGGUAGCCAUUAGGAAGGAUUAAGCUAGAGAUGUCUGUUUUUUGCAUGAGCUGCCUCUCAAUCCGCCAAUGUCAGCCUUCCGCAUAUGCGGAGGAAAGUGACCGGGCUACAGCGGUGUUUGUUGGACCAUGAGAUGUCUCGAAAAUCAGUCUUCUCAC